AUGGCCCAAAAAACAGCCCCGGACAUUUUUCCAGCCAAGAUCUUUCGGACUGCAGGAACAAUAAUGGAGGGUAGUGACCUGGAGUUAAAAUGUAGUACACAUGGACGCAAAGAUGAACAAAAAAAUGUACAUGUUUAUUUGUGCAAGAAUGGUGUUGCUUUUGAAAAAAUCAUGAAUAGAAAAGAUGAUACUAUUUUCACCCUGAGAAAUAUGGACAGACAACAGAGUGGUAAUUACAGCUGUGUGUUCUCUAAUAACUUGUACACACUCUCUGAAGUCCGAGAGAAAGGGGACAAUUCCAUUUAUAUCCAGGUCAUUGAUCGGAUUCUCCCUGCAGUCAUAUCAAUUACAGGCUCAAACACAGCAAAACAGGGAGAUAAUGUGGAGUUUAAGUGUACUAUUUCAGACCCCAUACAUACCAGUGAAUUAGUUCACUCUUACCUCUGCAAGAAUGGAACUCAUGUUCAGGUGCAGGUUUUUGAUGUUUAUAGAAUGGAGGCAACUUUUACUAUUAAGGAUGUUAAACUGAAUGACAGAGGGAACUACAGCUGUGUGCUUGACCUGCAACCAAAACGCAAUGAAUUUACAGAGAGGCAAUUAUAUGGAAGCAAUACAGCAUUUCUUCAGGUUGAUGUGUGGAGUGACCCAACCUUAGUGGUCAUGGUCUGUGUCGGUUUUCUGAUCUUAUCAGCAAUUCUGGGCAUAUGGUGGCUGAUCAGAAAACAAGGAGCUGUACAACUGUGCUAUGAAAGGACCCCACCAAAUGAAGAUGUGCCAAUGCCAGACAAGGGUAUGUUUACCAACCUGCUCUCCAAUGAAACAAUUGUUUAG